CAGACAACAGUGGAACAGUGAAAACGUCCAACCAUGAUUCCAUUGAUCUCCAUCCUGUUGGUAGCCUUGGUCGCUGAAGACGCUCAUGGAAUCGGCCUAGGUAUUGGAGGAUUAGGAGGAUUCGGUGGCGGAUUUGGCGGAGCUGGUGGACUCUUGAGUGCUGGAAACUACGCCAAUGGAUUCAGCCACUCCAAUGGAUUCAGUCAUGGAAGCCACCUUCUGAAAGGCUUUGGAGGAGCAGGUGGGCUGAAACACGGUCAUCUUAACAAACACUUCCUGGGUAAACGAAGUGCUGAUCCCGAGCCAAUACUCGGACUUGGAGGCCUACUCGGUGGAUUGGGUGGUGGAUUCGGAGCGAAAGGUGGACUCUUGAGUGCUGGAAACUAUGCCAAUGGAUUCAGCCAUUCCAAGGGCUACAGUCAUGGAAGCCACAUUGGAGGAGGAUUCAAGAAAUUGGGAGGUCUUGGAGGUGGCCACCUUAAAAAGUUCCUCUUCGGGAAGCGAAGCGUCGACCAAGAGCUCGAGUCCGAAUAAGGAAUCCAGGUGGUCACUGGAAUAAGGAAUCUAGGUGGUCACUGGAAUAAGGAAUCUAGGUGGUCACUGGAAUAAGGAAUCUAGGUGGUCACUGGAAUAAGGAAUCUAGGUGGUCACUGGAAUAAGGAAUCUAGGUGGUCACUGGAAUAAGGAAUCCAGGUGGUCACUGGAAUAAGGAAUCUAGGUGGUCACUGGAAUAAGGAAUCCAGGUGGUCACUGGAAUAAGGAAUCUGGGUGGUCACUGGAACACUUCAGUCAACGGAUGCUUAAGGAGACUAAUGUGGCAUAUAUUAUAACCUGUUAAUAAGUUAAUUACACUUCCUUUCAUGCACAUUAAUUAUUUUAUUAAAAUAUAUUUAUAGUUUUGCAUCAAAA